AUGACGAUGAAAGCCACCAAGGCACUAGUUCAUCUUGGCCUGAGCCUCUGUUGCUUUCUGCAACCAGCUGUAGCUCAACUGGAGGUUCCCGACAUUGCCGUGAGAAUCACAUUGGCCAAUGCUAGUCAAAUCCACUUUAAUACAGGUAACGGCGUCGAAGGAUUCACAAACAAAGUCGAGGUGAGAAUCUACGAUGUCUGUAGAUUCGCAACAUCAGAUCCCCAAACAGAGCUUGGGGUGGUGUAUCCAUCUACCAUGGCCACCCCGGUUGUGGGCAUUACAUACGAUGCAUCAAAAGUUGUAGAUCCCAAUGGCAUUGGUAAUGGGAGCAUCAUUGAGUGGAACUUUAAUGAAGAGCUCGAGCAGAACCCAAUCGUCUACACUCGCUUCAAUGAAUCGUACGCAGAGAUGGAGUUCUGUGUGCAGGUGUCCUUGUACACUGAUGGGUUCAUGGUCAGUUGGGAUGAGCUAGAUGUCUUUGUCCCAAUUGGAUAUACCAAGGGGAUGGGCGAGGACGAUGAUGAAGGUGGCAUGGACCUGGGUAUUCGAGUGGGAGCAGAAAUGGACUUUCUGGAUGCAUACAACUUCAGCUACUCGGUAGGACCUGGGGAACUGAAUGCCUACUUUUGCAAUCCAAUCACCCAUGAAGCUCUAGAAGGUGGAACUGUCAUCACGCAAGGUAACAUCAUCAGUGUUUGCUUCAAUGUGAUUGAUGGAAUGAUCUUUGAGGUAGAAGACAUCAUGGAGCUCUACAUUGCUAAUGCCGGUGGGACCCAAGAGCCUCAGCACAUGAUCGCAAGCUCACAGGUGGCCAAUACAUACUUUGCAGAGAAGUACUGUGAAUACAUGCCUUCAAAUCCAAACAUACACACAUGCCUGGUGAAUUUCCUUCUCAAUGCAAACUUCUUUGACUACAGAGCUGUUUCACUCACAGGAUUCGGAGCCAUCAAACUUAGGCUGGAGGAUCGAAGAUUUUUGGUUCGAAUGACUGUGCACUCGCCAGCAGAAGAUGGAACCAUUUGUCGUCGGGAACUGCAACAAGAGGAACCACCCCCUGCAGGAGAAGUUGAGGCUGCCUUUCAUGUAGAGAAUCAAUACUUCAAAACAUAUGAUGAGUCUGAAACUCAAUCAGCCGGGGCUGCCAUGUGGCAUUUGCUAGUACCCAGUCUGAUUGUGGCUACUAUCACCAUUUGGGGAGCCUCUGCAUUGUUGGAGUAA